AUGUCUGUUUCAAGUAGUUCUCGUCAGCACCCAGCAGUAACGAAGAAACCGUUAGUAUCAGUGUUCGACUGGGACGACACCCUCUGUCCAACAACAUGGCUACAUUCGCGUGAAUUGUUGGUCGCCCACGGUCUCAUUAACGGUGCUUCGUCCAUGGACAUUGAGACUUUCGAGCAAAAGCCAGCGCCGUCUCCAUUGACAAAAUUGGAUCGGUACCGAUUGGAACAACUUGAGCACCACAUCCUUGAGCUUUUGCAAGUCGCAGCUCAAUUCGGUCCCGUCUUCAUUGUCACAGCAGCUUCCUUGGCUUGGGUGGUCAGUGCUGAGCACUUUUUGCCUCAAGUGCGUCACUUUUUACUGGAUAAUCAAUGGCAGUGUGAUGAUAGUGGACUCGUUGAACGGGUACAAGUGGUAUCGGCGAGGGAUUGGUACCACCAUCACGUCUGUGCUGGAUGUAGCCAAUUGGAGUGGAAAUGCGCGACAUUUGAGGCAUUAUGUAGCCAUCUGAAAGUGCAGGAAGUCUAUGGGAGGUUGAACACGCGGACGGAUUUAGUAUCAAUUGGUGAUGCAAGGUUUGAACAGGAAGCGUGUGUCCGGAUGGAGGAACAUGCGGGCGAGUUAAUACGGAGCAAGACAAUGAAGUUUGUCGAGCGACCGACGUUGGAGGAAUUGGUGGAGCAAGUGCGAAUGACGUGUUCCGUUUACGAUCGGAUGUGUUGGCAUGACAAUAGUUUGCACCUUUGUGUGGCACGCAAACAAGCACAGGGCGUGAGUAGAUUUCACCAGAGGUUUGGAAGUGGAGUGGAGGGUAGUGAAGCUGCACUCGAGACGUUGCAGCUUUUGGAGAUCGACAAAAAAACAGCGCUGGAAGGACAGACUACCACGGGAUGUAAUACGAGACUGCAACAACUGCCACUUGCAGCAAAUGCGUCAACACACGAUGUCCGUCCGGUAGUUGAAGCGGCGAGAGGGAACCAGAACAAUGCAUCGCAACAAGCAGCAGUACCAGUUAGGAGCUGGUGA